AUGGAGUUCCUCCAAAUUCUCUUCCUGGUCCUGAGUGGUGUGGCCUUCCUUGCCGGGGUGCCAUUGAAUGGCUACAUCCUCUUCCUCACCACCUGCCGUGUGGAGAGAACGGCCAACGCCGUGUGGUUCUGGAGCUGGGCCAUGACAGAUUUCAUCUUCAUCAUCUUCCUGCUCCUCAGAUUCACCUCCAUCUUUAUCCUGGACUUAAACUGGGCCAAGAUGCUGAGCAGCACUGUCACUUCCUUCCAUAUGUUCUCCAACGCCUUUCUCCUCACGGCCCUCAGCAUCGAUCGCUACAUCCUCGUGACAUGCCCGCGGUGGACUCAGAACCACCGCACACCCAUCCUGGUUUUCAGGUUGAUUAUGGGCAUGUGGGUCCUGUCUGCUGGUUUCAGCUUGCGGUACGGUGAUCUCUGGGAGUCCAUGCUCUCACCUGCCAACAUCCGCAUGAAUUUCCAACUGGAUGAAGGGAGGGUGAAGGCUGCCAUUGCGAUCCAGUUCCUGGUCGGGUUUCUGAUCCCAUUCGCCUUGAUCCUGAUCCCAACCAUCUACAUCAUUCUAGCUGCCAAGCUGAGAAGGAACAGGCUGAUCCAGUCCACCAAGCCACUAAAGAUCCUUCUCGGCUUGAUCCCGACUUUUUUCCUCUGCUGGCUGCCAUAUCACAUCUUCUCCUUUCUGCAGAUCUCAGCAACUUACCCUCUACAUCUUCUGGACAUAGGAAGCACUUUUGCUUGUGUCCUGACAUAUUUCAGCAGCUGCCUCAACCCCAUCUUCUACCUCACCAUGGAGGAAGAGUUUCUGAGGUACCAGCAACAUACAUUAAGCCCCCAAACCACUGACAACUCAGAGUCGGAGCUGGCUGAAUAGGGGAAUGGAUGGAAUU